CCAAGUGAGCUGUGCAUGAGGCCUUUGGAUGGGUUGCCUUCUUCUUUCAAAUGUCAGAAGAGCCUGGAGAGCAGAGGUGGACCAAUAAGCGAGAGCAGUGACAUUGGGGCAGCCAAGAGGACGGACCCUGCGUUCUGGUCGGGCGGUUCAGGAGGAAAGGGUCACAAAGGCAGAAUUGCCAGGGCCCAUGAAAGUCACAGUGUGGCUCCGGCUCCAACCAGGGGAAAAGCCACGGAAGAGCAUUCCAGACAUAGAAACAGCAAGUGCAAAGGUCCUGAGGAUGAGGCUGCAGCUGAGGAGCUCUACCCAGAACGCCUUGUUUCCAGCUCAACCCCUGAACAUGGAGACUCAGCGAAACAGCCGCUGCCUAGACAAGGACACAACACAGGCCUCAGAGAGUCACAACUGCUGCACCCAGUAAGGAGACAACAUUUUGGCCUUGGCUUUGCCCAAGAGCAAGAGAUGAAUGUCAAGGAAGAUGGAAGUCUUUUCUCAGAUGUUCCACAAACUUCUCUGCCCCACGUGACCCCUGACAAGUUUGAUGUGGCCAUUUCUCCACCAGGGUUCUGGGUCCCCUUCCCAGGUGAUGGAGAGAAACCACUGCCCCAGCCCCACCCAUCAGAGAGGCCCAGGAGGGCUCUGGCAUCCUCUGCUGUCCUCCUCAUUACUACUUCACCCCAUCUGCCCACCCUGCAGCUCUGCUCAGGGAGAAUGCAGACCCUGCAAAGCCCCCUCCUCGAGAUCAACACGCACACACACCCGGCUUCCUGGACACAGCCUGCGGUUAUAAGUGCCCACCAGAUCCUGAGGGCAUGA